AAACAACAAAACACAAAAAUAAGUUGAAAUAUUAUUUUGUUGCAAUUCUAACAAUCAUGAGCGCAAAUAAUAAAAAUGAUAUUUUAGCGGUUUUACAAAUAUUGAAAAAAUACAAUUUAAAGGACACCGAAAGUCUCUUGAAGCAAGAAGCAAAUCUAACAGAUAUUCCAGAAAACUUUACGCAUGAUGCAUCAGAUAGCGUUCUACAAGCUUAUCAAAGUGAAGGUGAUCCUGAUUCUUAUGAUUCGUGCUAUACUGAAUUGAGAAAAUUUGUCGAUUCCGCACUGGAUAUCUAUAAAUACGAGCUGAGCAUGAUUCUCUAUCCAGUUUUUGUUCACAUGUACAUCGAACUCGUCUAUAAUGGUCAUGAAGAGCAAGCUAAAGAACUUAUGGAAAAGUUUGGUCCAGAGCAAGAAUAUUAUUAUCAAGAAGACAUAAAGAGACUUUCAAUGAUAACAAAAAGAGAUCAAAUGAGUGGAAAUGACUUGACUGAUACAUUUAAGUCUAAUGAAUUUAUCAUUCGUAUAUCCCGUGAUACGUUGUCACUGCUCAAGCGGCAUCUUCAAGAGAAAAAAGCCAGUGUUGUUAUGAAUAUCAUCAAUGAACAUCUCUACUUUGAUUUGUAUGAAGGAAUGGCUAGAAAUAAGAAGCAAUGUGAUGCAACAGCUGGCGCAUUACUAGGUGAAGCAAGGAGACAAGACAACAAAGUCAAAGUGUAUUAUGGACUGUUAAAAGAACCUGAUUAUCAGCAAAUGACAACACAAGCACCGCCACCAGAAGAAGAAGAUGAGAAUGAUGUUGAUGCAGACAAACCGAAGAAAAAGAAACAAAAGAAAGAUCCUUUAUUUGGUAAAAAGACAAAAUCAGAUCCAAAUGCUCCACCAUCCGAUCGUGUGUUUUUACCUCAGCUCCGCGACAAUGAUAAGAAUGAGAAGAUCAAAGCACUUCGUGAAGCACAGAAGCGUGUCAACCUUGGACCUGACAGUUUGCCAUCUGUUUGCUAUUAUACACUGCUUAAUUCUUUAUAUACAGUCACAUGUGCUGAAAUUGCUGAGGAUUCAUCACUAAUUGCAAUUGGAUUUUCUGAUGCAACAAUUAAAGUUUGGGCAAUGACACCAGCUAAGUUAAGAGAGCUAAAAUCAGCUGAGCAUUUAAAGGAUAUUGACAGAGAUGUUGAUGAUGUCCUUGUAAGAAUGAUGGAUGACAGAAAAGCAGACACAUCAAAGCUAUUUACUGGGCAUACAGGCCCAGUUUAUAGUUGCUCAUUUACAUUUGAUCGAUCACUUUUGUUGUCAUGCUCAGAAGAUUGUACAAUCAGAUUAUGGUCUUUGCAGACAUGGACAUGUCUUGUUGUAUAUAAAGGUCAUUUAAAUCCAGUUUGGGAUGUGAAAUUUUCACCGCACGGUUACUAUUUUGUCAGUUCUUCACAUGAUAAGACAGCUCGCGUAUGGGCUACAGAUAAUCCACAACCACUAAGAAUAUUUGCAGGACAUUUAUCAGAUAUUGAUGUCUGCAUGUUUCAUCCCAAUUCAAAUUAUGUUGCAACAGGUUCAAGUGAUAGGACAGUCCGACUUUGGGAUGUCUUAUCAGGGAAUCAUGUUCGAUUAAUGACAGGACAUAAGGCACCGAUCUAUUCACUAGUAUUUUCAAACUGUGGACGAUAUUUAGCUAGUGGAUCAAGUGAUAAAGUUGUGAAUGUAUGGGACUUGGCACAUGGACAUUUAGUUGCGAGUUUAGAAGGUCACACAUCCACAAUUCAUUCGCUUUGUUUUAGUCGUGAUGGAACUGUGUUGGCAUCUGGAGCACUUGAUUGUAAUUUGAAACUUUGGGAUUUUUCAAAAUUAUGUGAGGAUCUUAGUGGUGAAAAUGUCAAUGUGUCACACAAUCCGAAUGUAAGGAGUGGAGACAAUUAUUUACUUCGUACUUUCCCGACAAAACAAUCGCCUUUCAUAACACUUCAUUUUACUAGAAGGAACUUGCUGUAUGGUGUCGGUAUGUUCGAGAGUUCUUAAAUGUAAAUUUAAUGCCUGAAAUAUUAUUUGAAUAAAAUAAGGAAAUAAAG